GACUUUUUCUGGUUCUACUGGAGACUUUUAUUGUAUUUAGAGACUGUGAUGUGAAAACAUGUAUCGUCCUACACAAAAGAAGCCGAAGGUGGAUUUUAAGUGAAACCUAAAAGUUGUAUCAGGUGAAGAUCACCUGAUUCCAGCAAAUAUGGAAGGGAAACUCACUUGUGACCAGUGUGGGAAGACUUACACCCAGAUGAGUAGCCUUACAAGACACUUACGUGUCCACAGUGGAGAAAGACCAUAUGACUGUGACCAUUGUGGGAAGACUUUCACCGAUAUGAGUAAUCUUAAGUCACACCUACGCACCCACAGUGGAAAAAGACCAUAUGAGUGUGAACAGUGUGGGAAGACUUUCACCCAGAUGAGUAAACUUAAGAUACAUCUACGCAUCCACAGUGGAGAAAAACCAUAUACAUGUGAACAGUGUGGGAAGACUUUCACUGAUUUGAGUAAUUUUAAGUCACACCUACGCAUACACAGUGGAGAAAGACCAUAUGAGUGUGAGCAGUGUGGGAAAACUUUCACCCACUUGAGUAGCCUUAAUACACACAUACGCAUCCACAGUGGACAACGACCAUAUUACUGUGAACAGUGUGGGAGAACUUUCACCCAGAUGAGUCAUCUUAAGAAACACUUACGUAUCCACAGUGGACAAAAACCAUAUCACUGUGAACAGUGUGGGAAAACUUUCACCCAGAUGAAUCACCUUAAGAAACACCUACGUAUCCACAGUGGACAAAAACCAUAUUACUGUGAACAGUGUGGGAAAACUUUCAUCCAGAUGAGUGGCCUUAAGACACACCUACGUGUCCAUAGUGGAGAAAGACCAUAUUACUGUGACCAGUGUGGGAAAACAUACACCCAUAUAAAUGGACUUAAGGCACACCUACGCAUCCACAGAGGAGAAACACAUCAAAACAGUUUGAGUGUUACCAAUGUGAACAAAGAUUCUUGUCACACUCUGCUCUCUACUACCAUCAACACAGAUGUGAAUCAUCGUCUGGACCAAACAGUACCUCAGCAUUAGAUGACAACAAGAAACGCAGUGUCUGAACCAGCAGCACCGACUUCUUCUGACAAGAACAUCAAAUUAAAAACCUCCAGAUCUGGCUCCAUAGAGUCCAGCUGUAAGGCACACCUAUGCACCCACAGAGGAGAAAAACCAGGACACUGUGACCAGUAUGGGGAGGCUUUCAGAGCCUUGUCUGCAUGAUGUUCUCACUGUCACGUUCACCACAAGAAGUUGAUGUACCCAUGUGAUAAGUGCACCAAGAUCCUCUGGUCGUCCAGCUUUUACAAGUGUCACCAACAGACUCAUACUGGACAGAAACCUUAUCAGUGCAUAUUUUGUGACAGAUCUUUUAUCACAGGUUCGCAAUGUACCAAAAAAGAAUGUGCCAAAACUUUCCACAAAGGACACAAACUGAACAUACUGCUACUUAUUGACUUUGUGGACAUUUAAUCAGUCACUUGUUAUGAUUCUGUUGCUGGUCGGGGUUCUCACCUGUUCAUUGUUCACAAAUGAAACCAGCUACUCCUGUAACAAUUUUCCACAAUUGUUCUCUCCAGUUUAAGUUCAAGAAAGGCAACACUGCCACAAUUAUGAAAUGAGAGAAAGCAAAGUAUUGCAGAUUGCCUGAAUGCCUAAGUAGUGUGCAAAUACACACUCAUUGCUGCGCUUCAACCAUCACAAUUACAAUCCAAAUAAUUCAUUAACAUCUGCAAAGACGUAGUUGUACUCCGAUUAUGAAUCUGUUGAAAUUGUAAGUGAAAUUGGCUGCACAGGUGAGUGAAAUUGCAUAAAUGUAACUCCAUCAGACUCUUUGAUAAAUAGAUGAGCUCACUGACUUCACUGAAUUUCCGUUUGGGGUCAAUAGUUAAUCGUAUCUUAUCUCCUCAUGAUUCCUGAGGAUAGUGCAUUCAUGGAAUGACCAACACAGCUAAACGUUUGGGUACUGCCUAGGGAUCAACUGAUAUGGUUUUUUCAGGGCCGAUACUGAUUAUUAGUAGUCAAGGAAACCGAUAACCGAUAUUAGGAGCCGAUAUUCAUUUGUAGUAAAAGUGAAAAUACUGGCAUCUAAAUUUUGAAUAAUACGAACUCCAACACUUAACUUUGUUUAAAAUUUAAAUGCCUUUAAGCAUAUGUUUAUUAAACAGCUUUUCAGAUUUGCAACAUGUCAAAGUGUUAUUUUUUAUCUUAGACAAUAGACAUCUGUUUAAAAAUUCUAAUUAAAAUUUCAGGGAGUUCCCUGGCUCAGCAGGAUCUUAUAAAGUUAAAUGACAAAUGUAAAUAUGUAAAUAGCUUCCUGAAGUUUUAUAAAGUAAGUAAAACAAAGUUAAAUCAAAUGUGUACGUUGUAUUGUGUGUUCUUUACAGCAGCUUGAAAGAACACAUACUGAAGGAGUGAACUUGCCCAAAAUCUCCAAAUUGACCAGUGCAUGAAAAAGUGAUGUUUUAGCCUGCCGUGUCACGCCUUAAACCACUUACAGUUUUCUGUCAGAAGCUGUAUUCAGCUUCUAUGUUCCACAUGUCUGGAACAAACUUCCAGAAAACCUCAGAUCAGCUGAAACACUGAGUUUAUUUCAAUCCAGGUUCAAGACCCACCUGUUCUCAGCUGCAUUUGAAUAGAGUUUAUAUUCUUUUAAACUUAAAGUUUUUAUUAUUUUUGUUUGU